AGCGACAGCGGACACGUGUCUCCUGAGGCAGCGCCGCCUCGGAAGAGGCCUCGGGAAGAUGCAGACAUAGAAAUGGAGGUAGAUGACAGCAGGAAGGACAUGACUGCUGCCUGCACCCCUCGAAGAAGAAUUAUCAACCUGACCAGUGUGUUGACUCUCCAGGAGGAAAUCAGUAGCCAGGCACAUGCAAGUCUCCAGGAGAUGCUCAGGGACCACUCUUUCGUGGGCUGUGUCAGUCCUCAGUGGGCACUGGCCCAGUAUCAGACAAAACUGUACCUUCUCAAUACAACAAAACUCAGCCAAGAACUCUUCUACCAGAUACUUAUUUAUGACUUUGCAAACUUCGGAGUCUUAAGGUUGUCUGAGCCAGCUCCUUUGUUUGAACUUUCAAUGCUUGCUUUAGAGGACCCUGAAAGUGGCUGGACAGAAGAAGAUGGCCCAAAGGAAGGGCUCGCUGAAUACAUCGUGGAGUUCCUCAAAAAGAAGACUGAAAUGCUGAAAGAUUAUUUUUCUCUUGAAAUUGAUGAGGAAGGAAACCUCAUUGGGUUGCCACUCUUGAUAGACAACUAUGUUCCACCGCUGGAAGGACUGCCCAUGUUCAUCCUUCGUCUGGCCACAGAGGUAAACUGGGAUGAAGAAAAGCCAUGUUUUGAAAGCCUAAGCAAAGAGCUAGCACUGUUCUACUCCAUUAGGAAGCAAUACAUGACGGAUGAAGCCAACCCGACAAGCUCUCAGACUGAAGAUUCUGACUCUGGGUCAACAAAGUGGAAAUGGACCGUGGAACAUGUACUUUACAAAGCCUUUAGGACUCAUCUUUUACCUCCUAAACACUUUGCAGAAGAUGGCAACAUUUUGCAGCUUGCUAACCUGCCUGACCUGUAUAAAGUUUUUGAGAGAUGUUGAGCAAGACUGGGGCAUAUCAAAAACCAUUCAUGCUGCAUUCUGUUCUACUGAGUAAAGGAGAAAGGUGGAAUCUUCCUGGA